GCCAAAAAAUGACAAAUAACGGCCCCGACAAAUUUUGGAUUAAAACAUUUGAAAGGUCUCUUUCUAAGCUUUCAUUGGAUCAACACAGUGCUAAAGUUAAGGCUGUUGAAAGAUAUUCAACUACAACACUGGGGAAACUCAAGAAUGGAAAAUGAUCGACCAUGAUGUUUAUUAAAAACGACCAAGACCAUCCCAGUUCACAGGUAUAGCCAUCUACCGGUACGCGGUAGCUAGAUAUCUGACCAUAUCAUAUCCAUGUACCAGUAGCUAGCUAGCUAGCUAUGUCUAGGUCUCUCAUCAGUGAAGUUACAAGUUGUUGCUCAGUCAGGAUGAUCCCUUUAAUGUUGGAAGACGAAGUGUGUCGAUCAAUUCACAUCUCUCUGGUGGAUAAAAACAACGAGCAAAGAAACAUCACCACUCUCAGACCAAGUGGAGAACUGCUCAAAGCAUCUGAUUUCAAGGCCUAUUCUGUUAUCACUGAGUCUGACUACGUAUGGGAGGCCAAUAGCGAUGAUGGUGGAUACACAGCACUUAGUCCGGAGGUCGAUAAGCUUACCAAACAGAAACUGAAGCUAUCACAACAUGCCGUCACAGACCCCGCUGCUGGAGAGUUAUCAUCUUUUCCUCAUGAUGGAUACCUCAUUACUGUUGAUUUCUCGAGAAUGAAAAUGUCAAGUUGUAAGUCUGGAACUCGGCAUAUACGACAGGGCCGUCCUUACUGGUUCUAUAAGUAUCCGCAGAUUGGAUUUAUCAGACACGAAGAAAACGACUCUAAAAGCAUUGAAGAGAUGUAUCGAUAUGGUGGAAGAUUCGUGACAAUGGGUGGAACUCAGUACACCUUCAUGUUCUCACCUGUGAAGUCUUAUCAAGUUGAUAUCAGCUCUGGUGAUUUGGUGGAGAUAAUGCGUUAUCCUCCUGUCAUUUCCAAUCCUUGUGAGAUAAAAGUCAAUGUUUCCCUACAAGGAAACCUGUUGGUAAUCAAACGACUAGAUCUAGAAAGCAAUCCUUACCAUCGAGAGUUGACCUUCUCCAUCUCAUCAAGUGACAAGCUAAAGCAAGUUGUCUUGCAUCAACUAGCCAACGUUACACGCAGCUACUGUGUGAGUGCUGAACACACUCUUUUGGGUGACAAGAUAACAUCGAAAAUCUACGGUGCACGGGGGUACGUGGACAGGGUGUAUGCUCUACUAAACACUCUCACUCUCGAGUUAUGUCAGCAAAUAGAGUCACAAGCAGUCAGUAGUGGUCCACCAUCUAGAGAUUCUACCUCUCUGCGUACUGAUUGGGAACCGCAAACCGACGAUUGCGAGUUGAAGAGUGUAUCCAAGGGUUCACACGAAUGGAAGUACAUCCUCAGUCUUAUGAGAGAUACUUUACCAAAUAUUUUGAUUCACAAAAUUGAGCGUGUACAGAACAAGCCACUCCGGGAAAAGUAUGAGUUAGAGAAACGACAAAUGGAAAAGAGAAACAAAAGUGAAAUUAAUGAGCAGUAUUUGUUUCACGGCUCAAAGACAACCAGUCCUGAGGAAAUUGCGUUCUCUCAAAAAGGAAUUGAUUUUCGAUUUAGCAAACAAACAGGCAAGCUAUUGUGGGGGACUGGAGCAUACUUUGCAGUGAAGGCAGCCUACAGUGACAAUUUCGCUCAUCAUCUUCGAGGGAGCAGGAAACAAAUGCUUCUUGUUCUAGUGCUUACAGGUAAGAGUUGUUCAUACGGUACAAGACAGGACUCGACUCUAACGAAACCGCCACCAUUACCAAAGGGUUCGUCUUCUCAAGGACGCAUGUUGUUCGAUACAGUGAAUGGAGAAACUAAACUGCUACCAUUAUCAAGGAGUUCAUCUUCUCAAGGACACAUGCUGUACGAUACAGUGAACGGAGAGACUAAUGGUUCUCAAGUGUACGUAGUGUACGAUCACGACAAGUCUUAUCCUGCCUUCAUCAUCACAUACACAAGCAACCUUGACCUGAGAUAAUUAUUAUAGUAUGUUUUUUAGAAAUUUUAAACUUUGUAAUUGAUUACAAUAGGUAAUGAUCAUGCUUGAAAAAUUGUA